AGGAGGAGGAGGACAAGGGGGAGGCAACCGCUAUCUUUUUUUUCUUCUUCUUCUUUUCUCUUUUUUCCAUUUGUACCAACGGGCACAACUGGCUCAGGCUUGUUACAGACCAGUCCAACUUGAAUGGCGUUUUAUUCGUUUUUCAUCUAAGUAGCCUGCAUCCUGGACAGUCGAUGAUUUCUUGGUGUCUAACACUAAACGUUUUGUAUACGCGAGUUUGGACGACUUGUGGUGGCUUUUGACAUGGAAGAGGGGAAAAAAAAUAUGUCGACGACUCAAUAAACCCACCAUGGAUAGCCUACAGGUCGUCCUCAUCUAAGGAAUGGGAUUUUGUUCUGCUUAAAGCGACAUGGUCGAAGGAGGAAACCCAGAGGUGAGAUAGGGGCGAAAACAGUCUAGAAAACAGGCGUUUUGUCCUAGAGAGGUGAGUUAUUUAGGAAGACGAGCGACAGAAAUAAAGAAGGCUUAAAAAUAUUAACUGGGACAUAUGAAGCCAGGAGAGGCGGGAUGUGGCAUCACCCUCCGCUCUGAGUGAGUGUGGGCAGUGUCGAGCUGUUGGGGACAACCGGUGGUCGCUUCAUCCAGCCUCCCACCUUCCCGAAGCUGCUAUUUUCCUCCAUAUGCUCGCCAAAUAUUUAAUAAUUUUUCAGUUUUCAAGUGCCUGUCCCUGCUCCUGUCUUUGACUCUUCAAGUCUCGAAAUUGGGAAAAUAAAAGGGUGAACCUAUAAAAAGAAGAAGAAGUGGGGGAGAGAAGGAAUAAGGCACCCAAGGAGCCGCCUAUAUGAAGAUGCUGAUGUGUGACCGCGGCGUCCAGAUGCUCGUGACGACGGUGGGCGCGUUCGCCGCCUUCAGCCUCAUGACCAUCGCCGUCGGCACGGACUACUGGCUGUACUCGCGCGGGGUCUGCCGCGCGAAGAGCAGCGGCGACAACGACACUAGCCGCAAGAACGAGGAGGUGAUGACGCACUCCGGCCUCUGGCGAACCUGCUGUCUGGAAGGAACAUUCAGAGGUGUAUGUAAGAAGAUUGAUCACUUUCCAGAGGAUGCGGACUACGAGGCGGAUGCUGCUGAAUACCUCCUACGUGCCGUUCGCGCCUCCAGUAUCUUCCCCAUCAUGAGUGUUGGUCUGUUGUUCCUGGGGGGUCUUUGUGUGGCUGCCAGUGAGUUUUACCGGAGCAGACACAAUGUCAUCCUCAGCGCAGGAAUCUUCUUCGUAUCUGCAGGUCUCAGCAACAUUAUUGGAAUUAUUGUCUACAUCUCAGCCAAUUCUGGGGAUCCAGGUCAGAGUGACAGCAAGAAGUCCUAUUCGUACGGCUGGUCCUUCUACUUUGGCGCCCUCUCCUUCAUAAUGGCGGAAAUGGUGGGCGUGCUGGCGGUGCACAUGUUCAUCGAGAAGCACCGCAAGCUGCGCGCCAAGUCCCGCACCGAGCUCAUAAAGAAGUCCGCCUUCAGCCGCAUCCCCUCCUACCGCUACCGAUUCCGCCGCCGCUCCAGCAUGCGCUCCUCCGAGGCCCCGAGCCGAGACGCGUCGCCGCUGGGGAAGGGCGGCUACACGGGGCCGGCCGCCUCCGAGAUGCCCAUGUACACGCUGAACCCGAGAGAAGCGGGCAAUGCGGGCGGCAAAGCGGGUAGCGGCAUGGGUGGGCUGCUCAACUCGGAGAGGGAUUUCCUCCAGAGCAGCACUCUCACUAAAGACUACAACAAGGACCCCAACCGCAGGACCACACCAGUCUGAGGGAAUCUGGCUGUAGAUAUCACCGAAUCAGUGUCAAAGAGGAAGAGGAGGAGGAGGAGGAGGAGGAGGAGGAGGAGGAGGAGGAGGGAGGAGAAAUCCAGUGGAAUUCCAAGCAAACAAACGGGAAUAUGAAGGGUUGUGGGAUUGGGAAGGGGUGUGAUUAACCCUGACUGUGAACUGUGAAAUGUUUAGCCUUUGAACUGUGAAUCCUUUGCGCUCUGAGAGUUUCUUAGUGUGUAGCAAGCAGGGUGGGUUUUGAUGGAGAAGUUCUUCCCAACAUUCAUGUGCGCCUGAAACACCUUAAAAUUACAUCUGUAGCCGCUUAUAAAUGACAGCUGUAUCAAUUUAGGUUCAUGAUUUUCAUGCUCCUAAACUGACUCUCUGACAUUUUUAAGGGGAAGAGAAGAAGACAUACAGAGUUGUUGUUUGGAACAACUUCUCCUGACAAAUCACAACUAAUGUGAAAUUGAUAAAAAGACAGAAGAGAAGAGAAAACGUGUGAUCUUUGAUCUUCACACCUCUCUCCUCCUGUCCUUUUGGGUAACAGUAGAGCUGGAGGGGAACAGUUAACUUUCUAAAUAUGACAUUAAAUAGUAAGAAAGUUAAACUUAUCACAAGGCUUAAUUCAGUUUUGGAUCGGCUGAGUUCAGAAGAGAAAAGAAAAUCUGUGCCAUUGACAUUUGUUGAAGUGAUUAUUUCUACAUUUGUUUACUUGUUUCAUAUGAACUGGCUUCAAACUGAGCUGAAACUGAAUUGAGCUGACUCCGUGAUUCCUAGAUUUGCCCGAUCAGCUGCUGGAGAGUGAGCAGAAAAGGUGACUCAACAAAUCUUGACGUUCGAUCCGUUGGUGCUUCCUCUCAGCUGUGUUUUUUCUGCCACUUCUUGAGUUUUUGGUUGGGUUUUUUUUUUUUUGUACCUGGAAAAAAAAAAACUCCAGACGACCAGAUAGCUGUCUGUCUGCCUUCACAAAUCACCUUUCGCCUUCCAUGUCUUUCCGUGUGGCCCCAUACUUCACCUCGCUGACACCCUCCUCUCACCCUAUCUUCCCUGUACUUAAAGCCACAGUAGAUUUAGCUUUUGUCUUCCUUGUAGAGUAGUUAGGUUUUAUUAUUUCAGGGUAACGUGAGGGAUGGAGUCGGUGUAAGGGAGACCGCUGAGCUGUGAAGUAUACAUUAAGGCAGUGCCAAAACAAAAACAAACAACAACAAAAAAAAAUGCACAUACCGAAAUAGAAAAGGACCUUUUGUGUCUGCCCGCUACCUCUCCUGUCAAUAGUUUUAAUUCAACAUGACGUUGUUUCUGCUAGAGCAACUGUAAAAGCUUCAGCUGCAUAAGUGAAAAGAGACAGAAAUGCUCCUUUAAUUGAAUCCAAUGGAGUGUCUUGUAUAAUAGGAGUUAAAAUGUAUCCAUCUGUGAUUGCAGUAGCAUGAUCUCGCGCUGCAAAAUUUCUGAGAACCCAACCUUUAAUUUUCAUAUAUUUAUUCAGUUGGUGGAAAAUUUAUGCUAUUAUUAUUAUUUUUGAUAAAAUUGUUAAUUGCUCUCCACAGUAUCUGUGAGGAUGUGGGUCUGUUUUUCUUCCAAACGACCUGGGCAUCUCGUAAGAGUGCAUUGCACCAUGAACAGAAAAAUCUGCAGAAAGUUUGACUUUCUAAAAAAAAUUUUUUUACUAGAUUAUGCUACUGCGGUUAGAGAUGAAUUUUAUUUUAAGGUUUUUCUUUUUCUUUUUAAAUUAAUACUUUUGCUGGGGUUUGCCCAUCGGUGAGGCCGGAUCUGAACAGACGUAAUCCGUCGCAACAUCCAAAAACCGCGCUGCUUUCAUUUCAACAUUUAUUUAACAUUUCAUUUAAACAUGCUGUUUUAGUAAUAGUGUUUGCAAAGGACUGUAAUUAUUCUACAUCCCAGCAUUUUGUGAAACGUAAUUUUAAAUCAUUCCCGAAGACUUCUGAGAGAAUCUAUAAGUAGCAUUUAAAAGCAAAUUUGACAGUUUAGUUAUAGAAAAUACAAAGACUGCAGCUUAAUUUCAUCUAGAAUAUGUCAGUGCUCAGUUAUCCGCAGCCGUGUGAGGAUUGUGUUAAAAAAAUGUUUAAUAAUGCCGACUAACUGAUUUAAAAAAAAAAAGGUGUCUGUGCCAGUGAGACUUUAUCAAGUCCUUAAAAAGAACAAGAAGAUAUAUAUUGCCUCUAAGUCUUCUAGCAUUUACUAAUUUGUCUGUACAGUUAUUGAAAAAGAAGCCAUAAAAUAAUUGGGAAGGAUCUGGGAAGAGAAAGAGAGUUGUUUAGACAGAUCAUACAGCGCUGUGUUAAAAAAGUAUCCCACUCACAGAUUUAUUAUUAUUAUUAUUAUUAUUAUUAUUAUUAUUAUUAUUUUAUGUCUGAAAUUAACUUGAGUAAAUACAAAAGGCAGUUUUCAGAUGAUCCCCUCUGGUGGUAGUGUGAUGGUCUGGGACGGCUUUACCUGUUGCUUCAUCUGAACCGAUUCGAAACAUAUCCACUUAUAAGUCACUCAAUAAAAAGAGAGGGCUUGCACUGUCCUCGUCAAGGUUCAUACUUACAUCCUGUUGGGAUGCUUAAGCAGGCCGUUCAUUUCUGAAAAAGGAAAAAAAAAAAAAAAAAACCCUGCAGUGCGACUGAUUUGCGUCUCUUCUGAGGCCUUGAUGGCAGCUGUUGUAACUUAAUAAUUUAUAGUCAGGAAUGAAAGAAUAUGUUGAAAAUCUCUUUUUGUAUUAAUGCAGGCUAUCGCUGUCUAGAAAUAAGACUCGUUGAGUGAUUGGGAACAUCACCCUUACAAAAAAAUCACAUGAAAAUCACAUGUGACUUUCACAUGUGAUCACAUGUGGUUCACACAAAU